GCUAAGCUGCUGUGUCGUGUGUCGCGGCCGUGAGAAAGGGGGUCAGAGCUCGCGUCGUCGUCGUCCCGGUUGUUUGUUCAGUCGGUUUGGGCUGAGGGAGGAGCUGACGCGUCUCCGCCUCCGGCCCCACACCCUCACCGUUGACGGGACGAGAGGGUAGCCCGGGACGCGCCUCUCCCCUCGGCCUCCGUGGUCAGACGCCCGAGAGCUGCGGAGGCGCCUGAGCGAGGGAGGAUGGAGUUCAAGCUGGAGGCUCACCGGAUCGUCAGCAUCUCCCUGGGCAAGAUCUACAACUCGAGGGUUCAGCGCGGCGGCAUCAAACUCCACAAGAACCUGCUGGUGUCCUUGGUGCUACGCAGCGCCCGCCAGGUCUACUUGAGCGACCCCUGUCAAGGCGGCCUCUGCCUGGGUGGCCCGGGGGCUGGGGGACCCUCGCAGCCGCAGCCCCCGCCGCCGCCGCCGCAGCAGCAGCAGCAGCAGCUUCCCGGAGAACCGGCCCCGGGCUGGGGAGAUCCACUCCCGAGAGACAGCAGCAUGGAGCAGGAUCCCGAGCCCGCCUUGGCCACUCCGGAGCCUCCCGCCCUGCCCCCAGGGCUUGGGAAGCGCCCGCUGGAGGGGUCGCCGCCGGUGAGAGCCGAGGCGGUGCCCGAAGCCCCAAGGCGCCGCGUGGAGGCGGCGGAGACGGAGAGAAGUGGCUGCAGCGGCGGCGGGGGGGAAGGCGCCCCGGAGGGGCCGCCUCGGGCGCGGCACUGCUGCUGCCGCCGCUUUUGCUGCUCUCCCCCCGGAACCCCGCGGGCCGACUGCGGCUGUCGCCCGCAGCGGGCUCCGCCCCCGCCCCCGGCCCGAGGGGACCACCUGGAGCCGGCUGGGCAGCGGGACCUGUCCGGGGGCCGAGCAGCGGGACUCAGCCCACCCUCGCCGGGGCUCCUCCGACACGCGGGGGGUCUUGUGUUAUAA